CGGCACCACCUGUUGUCGGCCGGGGUCAGAGAACCGGCUGCAGGCCUAGCGGGCUAACCGUGCCUCGACAGGGUAGGGUUUCUGCGCUGGCGUUGCAGUCCGAUGGGCUCUUGCUCUCGGAACGAACCAGCCCGGAAGAGCAAUGGCGAAUCCCCUUGCUCUGUGGAUAGCGAUGAUGGAUCAUUCUGAACUGGUUGUUCUGUGCUUGUACAAAACCACCCUCCCGUUCUGUGUUCGAGGAAAUGACUCGGACUGAGGCAUGCCCACCAGGCAACGAUUAGUCUCAGGACAAUGUCAGCUGCUCCAGAUGACGUCACGCACCUCGGAAUUGAUCAGAACGCUGACCGAGGCACAUUAAUAUCCUGCAAAAGCCAAGUCCAACACGCUACGCCAUUGCUACUGUCAGGGGUACCAGCCUGCCCCCUGCAAGCGGGCAGCUCAAGCACAGUAAGCUUCCCUAUAAAUACCCUUGCAUGCUAAAGGAGAGGAGGGGGGAUACGCACAACCCCUACGGGGACACACUCCAAAACACUUCUUCUCUUGAAAUCCCCUCCACAUCGCUGACUUGAUCGUCGGAGGGGUCGGGCCGAGCUCCCGGCCCGACCUGUGUGCAGGUGCGAAGGACGGGAUCGCCCCUUCCCGACGCUACGACGGAGCUUCCUCCCGACCCAAACCCCCGUGCUCGGCCGUCGGGAGACCCCGAGGGACGCCGCCCGAGAUCCCCCCACUUCCGGACCCGAACUAAGCCGCGACGGCCCCGAGGCCAUGGCUUAAACAGAUGCCCCCCGCAUCAGUGAAGAGGGAAAUACAGAGAUGCUAUGGACUUGUUCACAAGCUCGGAAGGGGUGUAGUGUAUCUUGGUUCAUCGAGAGUGCAAGUGGGCCAUCCACAUUAUGAGCAAGCGAUGCAAUUGGCUAAAGAGGUUGCUCUACUUUUGGACUGCACUACAUGGACCGGAGCUGGCCCUGGUCUCAUGGAUGCCGCCUUUAAGGGUGCUCUUGAAGCAAAGAAGCCAGUUGGGGGAUUCAAGAUAGCAAGGGAAUCGGGCGAGUGGACGUCCUCAAACUUCCAUCCCUACCUCCCUCCUGAAACAUAUCUCACAUGCAGGUUUUUCUCGGCGAGGAAACAUGGACUGGUGGAUGCUGCAGUGCGGAACAAUCCAUCCGACAUGACGGCUGUCGUCGCCUUACCUGGUGGAAUUGGAACCCUAGAUGAGGUGUUUGAGAUUCUUGCCUUGAUUCAGCUGGAAAGAAUUGGCUCCAAGUUUCCAGUCCCCUUCCUGCUUAUGAAUUAUGAUUCGUUUUACUCGAAGCUGUUGGAUUUCCUAGACGACAGUGGAAAAUGGGGCACGGUGGCAAGAGGAGAGGUUGAAGCACUGUGGAAAGUAUGCGGUGGGAAUUCGGAAGCCUCGGACUACUUGGCAGAAUUCUAUGGACUUCCUCAAACCAAAAUGAAUAAAAACAAGAUUAGUGUAGAGGGGAGUGGAUUUAUGGAGUGACUUGCAUUGUUAUUGCACGAAAAUGAAUUAUUAGUCUCUUUCUUUCCUGUAUAUGGAAUUAUUAUUUACUGGUUAUAUAGAACAUUGCCUUUCCUUUAGAA